UCAUCACCUCCGAAUACUCUAGUGACAGGAGGUGCUUGCAAACCCGCCCCCAGCCCCCAGCUGCAAAUAAAUACAAGGAUCCCAGCCCAGAAGCCAGGAGAAGUUUCUAGGCGCGCGUCCCUGAGGUUUAUUAAGCUCUUGGCUCAAGACCUCAGCAGCUUUGUUUGGAAGCCUGGGCCGCCUGGGAGGACGGUGGCUUGCUGAUAACCUGCUGAGACAGGACACAGAGAGGCCCUCUGGGAUUCUGCUGGGCCUACUGGGGGUCACCUUUGGGGACCGGGAUCCCAGCCUGCUGUGCACCACCAUCCUGGGCAGCAGAUGGUUGGGUUUGUGGCUGGCAGCUUUUUCUGAAGUGGAGGAAUAAGCUCUGAAAGCCAUCUCAAGCCACAUCGCCUUGCUGUGUGACCUAGGGUAGGUGGCUGUGUAUCUCUGAGCCUCUGUUUCCCCUCCGAACUCAGCAGACACCAUGGCUGAUGGCCAGAUGCCCUUCUCCUGUCAUUACCCGAGCCGCCUGCGCCGAGACCCCUUCCGGGACUCACCCCUCUCCUCCCGCCUGCUGGACGAUGGCUUUGGCAUGGACCCCUUCCCCGACGACUUGACAGCCCCUUGGCCUGACUGGGCUUUGCCUCGUCUCUCCUCUGCUUGGCCUGGGACACUAAGGUCUGGCAUGGUGCCCAGGGGGCCCACUGCCACAGCCAGGUUUGGGGUGCCUGCUGAGGGCAGGAGUCCCCCACCCUUCCCUGGGGAGCCCUGGAAAGUGUGUGUAAACGUGCACAGCUUCAAGCCAGAAGAGCUGAUGGUGAAAACAAAGGAUGGCUAUGUGGAGGUGUCAGGCAAACAUGAAGAGAAGCAACAGGAAGGUGGCAUUGUCUCCAAGAACUUCACAAAGAAAAUCCAGCUUCCUGCAGAAGUGGAUCCAGUGACUGUAUUUGCCUCACUUUCCCCAGAGGGUUUGCUGAUCAUUGAAGCUCCCCAGGUCCCUCCUUACUCACCAUUUGGAGAGAGCAGCUUCAACAAUGAGCUUCCCCCAGACAACCAGGAAGUCACCUGUUCCUAAGACUUCAGUCUUAGCCAAUCCCCAACCCCAUCCCCAAUCCCAGGGAUUUUCUGAUUCCAGGGUGCACUGUUUUAGCAGAACUCACAUUUAGAGUGACUCAAGUGUUGGGGAGUAGGGAGGAGAGGACAGAAUAACCACAGAAUCCCUGGAUAAUGUAGUAAUAGAUUUCCCACAGGAUGACACAACAAGCAAGUGGUGCUUGAUUGUAUUAGGUCACAGUCCUGGGAGGUUCUCCUUAUCUCCUAUAUCUGGAUGGAAACAUUAUACAACCUAUAGUUGUAACACAAAACCAAACAAAUUGGGACUGAACAUUUCAUCUUACUUUGCAGUCAAUUCAGGGUCACUUUUUUCUGGGGACCUCCCCAUCACUCAGAUUCUUGCUCUAGGCUCUCCUGAUAGAAGGCGUGGUUGAUGGAGUCCAUGGGCUUACCCCACUGUUUCUAAAUGCCUGGUCUAAGAGAGUUUAUAGGUAGGUCUUUAUAUCUCCAUAUGGGAUUUACCCAUCAGCCACAUAAAAGCAAGCAGUGCCUCCUGCCCUUCACCCAGACGUAUACAGCAUGAUCCCAUGGUUCUCAAACUGGCAUCCUUUAAAGACCCUGGGAACCCCUCAGAUAAUUCUCUGGAUAAGGUCCCCCCCCCAUUUUGUCCCCUCUGUCCAAGUCAGAUUUUUAUAGAGAGAGCUGUUUAUAAGCAGCCCUAUCAGGAACCAAGCAAAGGCCAGACAGCCUGGCAGACAGUGGUAUUGUGUAUAUGGGGGACAGGUGUGUCUUUUUUGUGUGAACUGUGCUGUUGUUUAGGGAAAGAUAACAAUAAAUAAUAAUGAUGAUGAUGACGACAAUAAUAAAGGGAUCUGAUGUUCUUA